CAUGACAACCUGAGUGUAUAAUCAUUCACUGGUUCACCACUUUCAAAAUUCAAGAGUUGGCAAAUUAUUUUUCGGUCGAAAUUAAAUUCAGAAUAACUGAAAUAGAAUUCGACAGAGAACAUUACAGACAGAAGUGAAAAUGAAAGUGUUUUUGUGCGUUUUUGUGAUUGCAUUUGUUGCAACCAAUUUAGUUUCUGCGGAAGAGCAUCAUCGUGGCCCACCAAAUUCAGCUCAUCUUUGGGAUAACAACAAAUGCUGUAAUGUUGAAAACAAGGACACCAAAACUGAAUUCCUUGAAGGAGUUAUCAAGAAUGCAGAAGAAUGUCAUAAAACAUAUGGUCCACAAGGGCCAGAAAAGCCACCGAAAUUCGAUUGCUACGCCGAAUGUAUUGGAAAUAAAACUGAAAUUCUUAAUUCUGAUGGAACAUUAAACGAAGCCAAUUAUAAAACUUUCGUAACAAAUUGGGCCGAACCAUUUGAUCAUCAAAAAGCCGUUGUUGAAGCAACUGUAACAAAAUGUUUGGAAAAAGUAAAAACUCCAGAUAGUUCCGAGGAGAAGAGCCAAGAUGGUUGCAGCAAAAUCACAGCGAGAGUCUUUCAUUGCACUAAAGGAGAACUUUUCAAAUCUUGCCCAGCUGAUAAACAAGACACUUCAGAAGGUUGUAAAAAGUUCCGCGAAAUGGUUGAAAGCGGAAAGUUCAAGGGACCACGUGGACAUCCACCACCACCACCGCCAACACAACAAUAAAUGACUGAUUCUAUGGACAUACACUCGACAAAAGGCCAAUUUCCAAACGUUGACGUUUCAAAGCAAUUCAGUAUAAAACAGUGUUCAAUGUUCAUGUUGUUACAAAGUGUAAACAAAUUUGAUUAUAUCCAAAGAAAUACAAUGAAAUGUACUUGGAAUCCAAUAAAGCAAAAAACAAU